GUAUGCCAUCUGUCGGUCCAGGCUGGAGAGAAUCCCCCACAAAGCUGCGCUGCGGAAGCGAGCAAUCUCUCUCCUGUUCUCACGCCCUGACCUUCUUUCGAGCAGUCCGGUCGCAAGAAUCAUGAGCUCCGUCAGAGCGGCUACAGCGGUACUCGAAGGGCAUGGAACUUCUGUGUUUGGUGCUUCAUCGUCAUCUACUGAAGACCACAAGGUAGUUUUGCCUCCGAUGCCAUCCGGGGAAACCUUUAUGAACUCUGUUAUUUUUCACUGUGACCUGAAGGGACGGCCCUACCGCAUCGAGGAUUUCCGCCAGGAACUGAAGUGGACCGCCGCCUUGCCGGUCAUCGUUUCGCUGGGUGCGUUCCAGAUGAAUCACGUGUGGUUGGCGACACUGCGCACACCGGAAGCAAAAGAACGGCUCCUGAACCUCAAGAAGAUCAAGGUGAAAGGUCUUCGUUGCCUCGUCAUGGAUCCUGGUUCCACCAAGAUCCUCCUACGCAUCCACUGGGUGCCAUUCCACGUAGCGGACGACGCGGUUCGGAGGAUUUUCGAGCCGUGCGGGAAAGUGCGUGAAGUUGGACGCGAGAAGUGGCGUGUCAGCGGUUUUGAGGGCAUUGAAUCUACCAACCGAUUCGUACGCAUGACCUUGAGGAAGAACACCACGCCCGACGGAAUGUCUCAUCGUCAUCCCGGGAAGAGCGCAGGUCUGCUUGCGGUGCAGGCGCUCCGGGCACAGUAGGCGCGACUGUCGCGUGUCGAAGUGCUCGGAGUGCUCCCGUUUCGGGCAUCGAGAAAGAAGAAUGCGUACGGACGUACGCUGGCGUCACCGGUAGAGCUGUGACGAUCGAGCCGUCCCAGUUCAUCAUGGAAGCGGAGGACACCGAACCUGCGGCAGGUGCUCUCAAAAGUGACUCCCCACCGGGCAUCGAACAACCAAAGCAACCUCCCGGAGCUAACGACAACGGCGGCAAGGUGACGGCAGCAAACGCCCCGAUGCCGGAAGGUGCGGCGCUCGCACCUGUGGUGACGUCGCUUGAGGCCAGUGCGGCUUUGCCCUCUGCCGACCGAGAAAGACCACGAAGGCGUCGUCGACAGCAUGGGCGAGAACACGGACUCCACCAAGCGUGGGCUCGACGAGACGACUCCGACCGACACAACCCCGAACCCGAUCACGUGGUCUGAUGCGAGCAAGCGAGGCCAGUACAAGCAAGUACCGGGCGCCCCCUCGGACGAGAGGUGACGCAACGACGACCAGUAAGGCGUUAACGCCUGGUCUAUGAACUCACUCGCGAUUUUCGAGGCAAGCGUACCAUCAUAACCCUUUAUGAAUUGUACACUCGACCCGGCUAUCAGGUCGCAUCAUUAAAUGUUUGAGGUUUCAACAUGCGUAAGAAACAAUACCAAGUACAACGUUUGUUGGAAAGUCAGAAACCCGAUUUCUUAGCGAUGCAGGAAACCAAGAUGGCCGAUAAUGGCCGAUAAAGAGCAGGUUGCAAACGCA